UUUUGCUCGGCAGGAGUCAGCACCCUGGUUUUUGCAGCUGCUUAGCUAGUAGAGGUGCUGGGUCCACGAUGGUGAUGAGCGCGUAUUAUGCAGGACAGACAAGCUUCUUCGGUGACAACACUCCCCUUCCAAUCGAGUCCGGUUAUGCCAUUAUUCUUGGCUUCGGAGCUUUCUUUUCGGUGUUGACGACAAUUUUGGUGUACUUGGACAAGUAUGCCAAUGGCACGGAGCACACAUCUGAGUUCUUCAACACAGCAGGCAGAAGUGUGAGGACAGGUCUAACUGCAUCCGUGAUUGUCUCGCAAUGGACUUGGGCAGCAACAUUGUUGCAGUCUUCCAAUGUGGCUUGGAAUUACGGUGUCUCUGGGCCCUUUUGGUAUGCUAGCGGGGCAACAAUCCAAGUUUUGCUCUUCGGCAUUCUGGCAAUUGAGGUCAAGCGCCGGGCACCCACAGCUCACACAGUCUGUGAGAUGGUGCGUGCCAGGUGGGGGAAGGGUGCCCACAUCACAUUCCUUAUCUUUGCUCUAUUGGCAAACGUCAUUGUGACUUCCAUGUUGCUGCUGGGCGGGGCCGCCACGGUGAACGCCUUGACGGGUGUCGACACCAACCUUGCAUCCUUCCUUAUCCCGUGGGGGGUGAUUUUGUACACAGCGGCAGGCGGCCUGAAAGCCACAUUCAUGGCUUCCUACCUGCACACGGCCAUCAUUUUCAUUGUGCUGGUGAUUUGUGUGUACACGGUGUACGUAAAGAAUUUCUCGUCUGACUUCAUUUACGAGAGACUGCAGACGGUUGCUGGCUACAGCACAGCUCAAUGUCAGUCCAUCUUCAGCUCAGGUGGUACUACAUUCUUUGAAGCUGGCAAGUAUGCGUGCGGCCCUGUGCCAGAGAACGAGGGGGGCUCGUACUUGACCAUGCUUUCAGGCGGUGGUGCCAAGUUUGGUAUCAUCAAUAUUGUGGGCAACUUCGGCACUGUCUUCGUAGACCAAUCCUACUGGCAGUCAGCCAUCGCAGCCAAGCCCACUAGUGCUCACAAGGGCUACUUCCUUGGCGGUUUGGUUUGGUUUACGAUUCCUUUUGCUUUGGCCACAUCUUUGGGCCUCUGCGCCGUGGCCUUGGAGCUUCCAAUCUCAUUUUCUGAGGCCAGUAGCGGGCUGGUGCCCCCAGCAGUUGCUACACACCUUUUCGGAAGUUUUGGGUCUGUGAUGAUGGCUGUGAUGCUCUUCAUGGCCAUCACUUCCACUGGCUCAGCAGAAGGCAUUGCAGUGUCUUCUCUAGUGACUUAUGACAUUUAUAAGACCUACUUGAACCCCCAGUGCACAGGAAAGCAAGCUCUCCUGAUUUCCAAGAUUGUUGUGGUUGUGUUCGGUCUUUUGAUGGGUGGUCUUGGGGUGGCCUUGAACUACAUGGGCUUGAACCUGGGUUGGGUCUACAAAUUCAUGGGCAACGCAAUUGGUUCUGCAGUGGUUCCUUUUUGGAAUCUGCUGAUGUGGAAGAAAGCUAACGCAACAGGAGCCAUUGUGGCCGCUUGGGGUGGAAUGAUUUUGGCUUUGGCCACUUGGCUGGCUGUUUGCCAGGUAGAGUUCGGCGAAAUCACGAUUGACAACCUUGGCACCCUGAACCCAAACUUGGCUGGAAAUGUUGUGGCCUUGGCAUCUUCUGCCAUAAUCCACGCUGCCUUCUCAUUCGUCAGCCCGCAAAACUACGAUUUCGAUUCUAUGGGCGAGAUCGAAAUGUUGGAACAUGACAUGAGCGGCCUUGACGAGCAGGAUUAUACCACUGAGUUCUUGGAUGCUGCCAAGUGGUGGAUUCAGAAGUGGGGCUGGGGCUUCACGAUCCUCAUGGUUCUGAUUUGGCCCUUGCUUUCCCUGCCGGCUGGCGUGUUCACGAAGGACUACUUUUCAUUCUGGGUAUUCAUAAGCAUUGCUUGGAGCUUCGUGGCCACAUUCGUGAUCAUCGUUCUGCCUAUACAGGAGUCCAUGGAUUCUAUCCUGGGCGUUUGCUCCUGGAUGUUUGGGAAAGAAGCGCCCAAGGCAGAGAAGACUGCCGAGCCUACAGGUGCUGACUUGUGA